CGCAUACACCCAUACAUAGGCGACCACUCUUACACUGAGAGAAAGGCGACAUCUCGAACAACAGCAAAUMAAAUAUGUAAUUCCAGAAAUCAGAAUCAUAUCAGGAGUUUAUCUGGCAUAAAGACGUCUGGCUGAGGGUUAACUUCGCGCGCAUUAGUAAUGCAUGAGUAGUGGGAGGGGGCUGACCGCGCACGAUGCCCCCCAAUAGACUCUCGAGACAUUGUCAUGGAAAGAGACCACCGCCUCGUUAUUGUCUCGCGGACUGCCAAGUUUAUUAUAAACACUGCGCGAGCUGGCCGGUGCGCUGUCAUACUGAGUGCAAGGCGAGGUGGUCCGGAAGGGAGCGAGAGCGAAACUGACGUGGAUGGAAGAGAAAGAUACUGAUACUGAGAGAGAAAAGAAAGAGAUUUCAGGAAUAUUACUUUCAAGGAAGAGAGAGAGACGUGAAGAAAGACAUAUAUAUGGUAAAAUAACAUCCUGCUUUGACUGAAAACAAGAAAAMCACAUUGAGAGCGGGACUGAACUCGGGGACCUAAAGCUGGUCGUUGGAGAAAUUUGAAAAACGGAAUUCAUUCUGUGGUGUUUUUUUUUAUAGCUUUAACCGUUUUAAUUCCUCUCGAAUCCCGAGAAGUACAUUUCAUCCAGCGCUCGCCCCAGAGUUGUCGUCCUCGCGCCUCCAUGUAUAAAAUGGAUUACUCCUACCUGAACUCAUAUGACUCGUGCAUGGCGGCCAUGGAGGCAUCGGCCUACGCGGACUUCAGCUCGUGCAGUCAGGCCAGCUCGUUCCAGUACAACCCGAUCCGGACCGGGUUCGGUGCCAACCCGGGAUGCGCACCCCUGAGCACCGCUAGCUGCACCCUGGGGUCCCUUCGGGAGCACCAGCCCACACCCUACUCCACAGUUCCAUAUAAGUUCUUCUCGGACCCAUCCGGUUUAAACGAGAAGCGGAAACAGCGGCGCAUAAGGACCACCUUCACGAGCUCACAGCUGAAGGAGCUGGAGCGCGUGUUCGCGGAGACCCACUACCCCGACAUCUACACGCGCGAGGAGCUUGCGCUCAAGAUCGACCUUACUGAGGCGCGGGUGCAGGUGUGGUUCCAGAACCGRCGGGCUAAGUUCCGUAAGGUGGAGCGUGCAGCCAACUCUAAGUCCAGUAAUGGGACCGGGGGCCCAGGAGGGAAUAAUGGCAAUGCUGGGGGGAAAAAGGGCGAGCCCAGAUCUUCCUCAGAUGAUGACGAAUCAAAAGAGUCCACCUGCAGUCCCACCCCUGACAGCACUGCCUCGCUGCCCGGCUCAGCCAAUGGGAACAUGGGUAGCCCUGCCAGCCUCAGCCCCAGCCCCGCCCCUGCUAAUGGUGGCUACGCCAACACCUCCAGCUCCCCCGUUCUGCAGGGGCUCAAACCCCCUGGCUGGCCCAGCCUAGGCCCCGCCCACCCAGGAAUGGCCCAACCCGCAGCCCAGACUCCAGAGCUGCUGAAGACGUGGCAGCCGGCAGACAGUAUGACAGGGCCUUUCGCUGGCGUGCUCUCCUCCUUCCACCGGAAACCCAAUGCUCUCAAGACUAACCUGUACUAGAGACAAGGAGCAGAGAUCUCUAGUAUAACUACUGUAUAUCUAUACAGACUAACCUGUACUAGAGACAAGGAGCAGAGAUCUCUAGUA